AUGAUCAUUCGGGCUGAGAUCGCCGAUUACGAUGUGGGUCGGGUGCUGAUUGACACCGGAACCUCGGUGAACGUGAUUUUGCCGAUGCGUUCAAGGGACUGGGGAUUGCCGACAGCAUGGUCAAUCGGCAAAUCACGCCUCUACUCAGUUUUUCUGGAGAUGAGCAUUCACAGUGACUCCCAGCUCAUAGUGAAUCAGAUAACAGCAGACUUCGCAGCGAAGGAUGCCUUUAUGUCAGCCUACCUAUCGACAGCUCACCAACUACUACAAAAAUUCCAGGCCUACGAGAUACGGUAG